AUGGCUCGCCGCAGUGAUAAAGUUGACGGCCAGCCAAAGUGUAAUGAGGCCUCUGAACCGGCUCUAGGUGCUGCGGCCGAUCCCUCCUCUCCCAGUCUCCGUCGCAGAGGUCAGCUCAGCCUUUGGGUUCAGGUGGCCGCGAUAAGACUGAGUCAUGCCUCCUGUCAGCAGCUCUGCCUACCUCCAACCUCUCUUCCCAAGUCGCAUAAAUAUCGUUUUUCUCCCUCACCCGUGCCACAGAGCAAAAAGCGCCUAUUACCAUCCGGAAGUUCCAACUGCCGCGAGGCGAGGGAGGCUGGUGACGCUGUAAAGGAGUAUGUUUGA